UCUCUCUCUCUUCGGAUCUCACUUUUCUCCCUCUCUCUCUUCCCCCCUUCUCUCUCUCUCUCUCUCACCACCUACUACUCACCCUAGGACUUUGCUCCAAAGAAAAGGGUUUCAGGGCUCGACCAUUACGCGAAUCAUGAGCUUGGCAUGUCUUGUAUGCCAUGGCAUGGAAAGCCCAUCACAUUCAUUCAGAAGCUAUUCAGUCUCGAGCUCAGAGGAGGAAGGCCGGUGCGGUGCGGUCGUCAGCUGCCUGACCCGGAAAGUACCCGUGCCGGGCGGAAACACUAAUCCGAAUGGGAUCGGGACAUCGAAAGUCAGCCCCUUCCCCGUUAUGUCGAGCGGACAAGGCAUAACCGGAGCGCCUCGCCUUGAACGGAGCCGAGCCGUCACGAGGGACCUCGUCAGAGACUGGAACUUUGAUGAAAUUCUUCUGGGGAGGUAGAAAUGCUUAAAACUUUCAGGGUUUUUGAAACUUUGUGGUCUUAUUGAGCAAGAGAGUUUGCUAUUCUGCAUGUAUAUUUUUGUGUUGUGGUAAAAAAAGAAAAAAAAAAAAACUUGAUUAAAUGGUGCUGUACCAGUAGUUGUAUUGAAUCCUUGAGUAAUAUGUCAUUAGUUCAAAAUA